AUGUGGGGACGCCUGAAGCCACAGGACCCUUACUGCGGACACCCGGACGUGCAGCCUUCCCAGCGGACCCAGCGAGGCCCGAAUAGUCCACAGCCGCGGGGGAUGCUGGGAAAACGGAGAGAGGAGGCUGAAGGGCCUAUGGGGUCCUUUCCUCCCCGAAGACGCCAUUUUGGAAACAUUUUCCUCAUUCAGGCUUCUUUGGCAGCGUCUGGAGCUUUCCCCCUAACGCCCACGUUGUGGGCCGGCGUUCAGGAUCUAAGUGGCUUCCAGGGCCGAAUCCCGCGGCUGCUGCUCGCAUGGCUUCGCCUUCAGCACCGCGGUAGAUGGGGCUCUUGCGCCCCAACCGGCUUGGGGGACAGAGGACGCGAGCUCUGGACUCCGGGAGCCGCGGCUGCCCGCGGGGUCCGCCUAACGGUCCGGGGCGAGCGGGCUCAGCGAACGGCAGCAGCAGACGCCCCCUCGCGGUCGGAAGCUGGUGGCGGGCGCUGGGCGCGGGACCUUUCCGUUAGGUGCGCGGGGAGUGCGGGUUGCGCUCGCGUGACUCCCGGGCACUCGAGCCUCUGCUGGCAUCCAGACCCCGAAAGCCGCCAUAGCACCUUUGAGUCUGCAGUGCCCACACCUGGCACCUGUCCCCGGCCCGCGCUGCCCCCUGGACCACGGGCGGAGCUGGCAAUCCUGGCCCAAGGAAUAUCCCGAGGAUUGGAGGAUGGUGUGGGAUCUUUGAGACUGGUAAUGGUGUACAUUACUGAGUGUGCUGCCUAGGAAUGCAAGGAGGUGAAGCAGGGACCACUGUUUUUAGUUUUAAAUCCUGACCUCAGCCUACAAGAACAUUAGAGGGAAGUGAAAGCUGACUGCCAAUGCUAAAGAUCAGGACUGUGGCUGCCAUUGGAGAAGGCGUGACUUGGAUGUGACAUGAAGGACACUUGGGGUCUGGGUAAUGGCCUCUGUCUGUGUCAGUUUGGUGGUCACAUGGGUGUAUUUCAUUGGAGAAAAUUCAUCAAGCUGUACCCUUAUAAUUGAUGUAUGUUUCUAUAUGUCUAUUACACUUUUAUUAAAAACACACUUCAAUAAUUCAGCCUGGAUUAAGACAGUGAGAGCUUCUUUGCUACUUUGGUCACAUUUCUUCCUGACUCACUCAUCUCAGCAUUGUCCUCUGGUCAUCUCCUUGGGGUCCCUCUCAGCCAGGUAGCAACUGCUUUCACCCAGUAGCAAGUGAGGUUUGCUUUGUAGGGCCUGGGGGUGUGGAAGGACUUACCUGGAGGCUUCAUGAUAGGAGAGGUGCAUCUGUGACUAGAUCCCUCCAGUGCUGGGUAUGUUGGUCACGGUCUCUGUGCAGGGCCAAUCCUCAGGGAACUGCAGGACAGGUGACCCUAAUGCCAGUGCACCCCACCCAGACCUUCUUCAAAAUCACUGGGGGCCGGGCUGAAGGUUUUAGACACCUGUUUGUCUUGGGACCUGUGAGUGGCAGGGUCCCAAGGACCUGCACCAUCAUCUGCUGCUUCAAAGUUGUCUAUCAGAAGGAAGCUGGAUUUGUGAGAGAGUGAGGACAUGAACAGAGCCCACUAAUAUUGAAUGUGAGCAACCCAUUAGUGGCAUCUUAACCACUGUACCAGAUGCUUGCUCUGUUUAAUUUCAUCACAACUACUUGCACUAGAUAUUGCUGUCAUGUAGUGCUGUCAUGUAGCCUGCGAUGGAUUUAUAUUUAGUGCACAUCAUGGACCUUCCCCGUGUCUACCUAAGUAGGGCCUGCCCAGACAGCCCUGGCUCAACUGUGUGCUUCCUCAGAGAUGCUGGUUCGUGCACAGGCUCAGCCCUGCACUUCAGCCUAGGGCCGUUUGGCAGCAGAGCCCGCAGCUGCAGGAAGGGCGUCCUACUUUGAACUAAACUCUGCACAGAGGUUCCUCCAUCAGAAAUUUCUAAACUAUAGUCACAGAGCUCUCUCAGAUCCCUAUGUGCACUGGGCUCCAUGUUCCUAAAAUUAAGUAACAGCAGUUUAGGAAAGCUGUCACUAAAUAAAAUAGAGAAAGUGGCAAAUAGUUACCCUGGCACUACUACUGGUCAGGUUCAUUAUGAAAAUACAUGAAGUAUGAGAAUAUGAAGAUACAAAAAUGACCAAAGUGGAAUAAUGAGAAAAAGAAUAGGAAGCAAAUGCAAAAUGAAGCUUUUUUUUUGUGAUUAGGCAAAAUAUACAUAAAGGAAACAAGCAUUACUGGAGAUUGUCUGUUAUUAUAUAUUGAUAAAAUGUUUAAAUAUCCAGUAAUGUAUAUCACUUAUGAUCUUAUAUUAGUUAAUUAUAGAUCUUUAGCAAAGAUAAUUUGAUAAAUUAACUAUCAAGGAAGAAUUUUAUUCUCACAUUCCAAUAACCAGUACAAUAG